AUUCACGCGCUGUGCUUCCGGUUAAGCAAAGCGUGAUCAGUCGUGCUCAGUCUCUCUUCCCUUCCUCGGCUCUCAAUAGAGGCGUCUCGUAGGACUCUCCCGGCUCCUUUACCUCUCUCUCUCUCUUUUCCCUCCCUAACGGAAUACUCAUCCAUCCCGGCGGCCAUGGCAUCUGCGGUACCGGCACAAGUUCAGUCCAGCCAAGCGUCAGCCCCCCAGCUGCAGAGGGGAAUAGUGAAGAUGGUCUUAUCUGGUUGUGCUGUCAUUGUUCGAGGUCAGCCACGAGGUGGACCUCCUCCAGAACGACAGAUCAACCUGAGUAACAUCAGAGCCGGAGCUCUUGCCCGUCGUGCAAUUCAGGGUCAGCCAGACACCAAGGACACACCAGAUGAGCCAUGGGCUUUCCAGGCACGAGAGUUUAUGCGCAAGAAGGUAAUCGGCAAAGAAGUCUGCUUCACUGUGGAGAAUAAAACUCCUCAAGGCAGAGAAUACGGCAUGGUGUACCUGGGAAAAGACACAUCAGGAGAAAAUAUCGCAGAAUCCCUGGUGGCUGAGGGUCUUGCUAUGGUUCGCAGAGAAGGCAUCAGAGGAAACAAUCCUGAGCAGGUCAGACUGUGUGAUUUGGAGGAUCAAGCCAAGUCUUCUAAAAAGGGCCUGUGGUCUGAGGGUGGAGGCUCGCACACCAUUCGAGAUCUCAAGUACACCAUCGAGAACCCUCGCAACUUCGUGGACUCCCUGCAUCAGAAACCAGUCAACGCUAUUAUCGAGCAUGUGCGCGAUGGCUGCAUGGUUCGAGCACUACUUCUGCCUGACUACUAUCUCGUGACAGUCAUGCUGUCUGGAAUCAAGAGCCCUACGUUUAAGCGGGAGGCAGAUGGCAGCGAGACCCCUGAGCCCUUCGCAGCAGAGGCAAAGUUCUUCACCGAGUCUCGACUUCUUCAGAGAGAUGUGCAGAUCAUUUUGGAGUCCUGUCCAAACCAGGUCAUUCUGGGUACCAUCAUGCAUCCGAACGGAAACAUCACGGAGCUGCUGCUGAAGGAAGGCUUUGCUCGUUGUGUUGACUGGUCCAUGGCUGUUUACACACAGGGUGCAGAGAAGCUCAGAGCAGCAGAGCGGUCAAUCAGCGAAAGAGCGUAAGUGAGAAUUUGGAAGGACUAUGUUGCUCCCACAGCCAAUCUGGACCAGAAGGACAGACAGUUUGUUGCAAAGGUGAUGCAGGUCGUGAACGCAGAUGCCAUCGUGGUGAAGCUGAACUCUGGGGAAUAUAAGACCAUCCACCUGUCCAGCAUCAGACCCCCGAGGCUCGAAGGCGAGGAGAAGAACAAGGACAAAGACAAGCGUUUCCGUCCACUCUAUGACAUUCCUUACAUGUUUGAGGCACGCGAAUUCUUGAGAAAGAAGCUCAUUGGCAAGAAGGUUAAUGUCACAGUUGAUUACAUCAGAGCUGCCACCAAUGCUAUGGAAAUGGGCGUCCCGGCUUUCCCAGAGCGCACCUGUGCUACCGUCACCAUUGGAGGAAUAAACAUCGCCGAGGCGCUGGUCAGCAAAGGCCUUGCCACAGUGAUCAGAUACCGCCAGGAUGACGAUCAAAGAUCUUCUCAUUACGAUGAGCUCCUGGCAGCAGAGGCGAGGGCGAUCAAGAAUGGCAAAGGGCUUCACAGCAAGAAAGAGGUGCCCAUUCAUAGAGUGGCGGACAUUUCAGGGGAGACACAGAAGGCGAAACAGUUUUUCCCAUUCCUGCAGAGAGCGGGCCGCUCAGAGGCUGUGGUGGAGUACGUGUUCAGUGGCUCCAGACUCAAGCUCUACAUGCCCAAAGAGACGUGUCUCAUCACCUUCUUGCUCGCUGGAAUCGAGUGUCCCCGAGGGUCUCGCAACAUGCCAGGUGGAAUGCAGGUGGCAGAGCCAUACAGUGAAGAAGCCAUGCUGUUCACCAAAGAACUGGUUCUUCAGAGAGAGGUGGAAGUGGAAGUGGAAAGCAUGGAUAAAGCAGGGAACUUCAUUGGCUGGCUUCACAUUGAGGGCUUGAAUCUGUCUGUGGCUCUGGUGGAAAAUGCCCUAUCUAAGGUUCACUUCACUGCAGAAAGAAGCUCCUACUACAAGACUCUGGUGUCUGCAGAGGAAACCGCAAGACAAAGAAAAGAGAAGCUUUGGGCCAAUUAUGAAGAGAAGCCAAAAGAAGAGGUGGCUCAGGUCACAGAGGCGAAAGAACGUGUGGCGAAAUACAGAUCUGUCUACGUCACCGAGAUCACAGACGGACUGCACUUCUAUGCGCAGGAUGUGGAAACCGGUACUAAGCUGGAGAACCUGAUGGAGAGCAUGCGAGGAGAAAUUGCAGCCCAGCCUCCAGUGGAAGGAUCCUUUGCACCGCGCAGAGGGGAGUUCUGCAUCGCAAAGUUUGCUGACGGAGAAUGGUACAGAGCUCGUGUUGAGAAAGUGGAAUCUCCAGCAAAGGUUCACGUGUUCUACAUCGACUAUGGAAACAGAGAGGUUUUAUCCUCCACGCGUCUCGCAGCUCUUCCUCCAGCCUUCAGCACGCGUACGCUUCCUCCACAGGCUACAGAGUACGCGUUUGCCUACAUUCAGGUCCCGCAGGAUGAAGACGCUCGGGCCGACGCCGUGGACAGUGUGGUGAGGGACAUCCAUAACACACAGUGUCUGCUGAAUGUGGAGUACAGCGGAAGCGUCUGUCCGCAGGUCACGCUCCAGUUCGCAGACACUAAAGAAGAUGUGGGUCUGGGUCUGGUCAAAGAAGGCAUGGUCAUGGUGGAUGUCCGGAAAGAAAAGUACCUCCAGAAAAUGGUGACCGAAUACCUGAAUGCCCAGGAAUCUGCCAAGAGCGCCAGGCUCAACAUUUGGCGUUAUGGAGAUUUCCGUGACGAUGAUGCGGACGAGUUCGGUUACCGACGCUAAGUUGUUGCUCCAAAGACCUUGUGGAAGACCAGAUGCAUUUGCAGAGAACACAAAACACAAAAAAUCAUGAAAAAACAAACUCAACAAAACAUCAGUAUGCUUUUAUUUGUUUUUGUUUUUUUCUAAUGUUGAACAUUUGCCUCUCUCCGUUGUUUUUUUUUUAUAUAUAUAUAUACUCUGUGCAUAUCCUCUCUUCUGCCCAAGGACUUUGUUUCAUUUUCUAAUUAUUUUUAAAGCAAGUAGGCCACAGAUUAAUCUACCUGUCGCUGCUUCUAAUAGGACCAACGUAUUUACCUUAAUUUUACGUUUUGACAUGAUAGCCAAUCACGUUUUUUCUUUUUUUCAUCAUGUAAAUUUUUAGCCAAUCACCAGCUGUCAAACCCCGUCUUAGCAAACCUGAUCAGCUCAAUCAGAUGUCUAUAUUUUGGGGCAAGACUUUUAAAGAAAUGAGAGGAAUGAUGCACAGAACAACCAUGAGCUUACCGAGAAAACGCCUCCUUAAUCAUGAGAUUCUAUAUUUCAAUACGUAUAUAUAUAUAUGGAUAUUUUGAAGUUAGAUCAAAACUAACCAAGUGAACUUACUUGAGCGUAUUUCCGUCUCUCUCUCUCUGAUGUGAUCUGAGUGUUCAGUGACAUUUCUGGGCAUUUGUGUAGGACGUGUGUUUUCUCUUUUCAUGUGACAAAAGAAGCACCUUUUCCAGGCGUCUCUGGGCUUCCUGUGAGGUUUACUCUACGCUCAGCGUUUCUUCUUCUCCCGCUCUUGCCCGCCAUACAGAAACAGUGUUUGAAUUUGUUUCCUCCUGAGGUAGACCCUGUCAUUGUAUUUAAAGCUGAUAAAUAAAAAAAAUGAGCAAAGUG